GUAGCUACCUGCGAUUAUUUGUCUCAGUCUAACAACAUUCACGGCGCCUCGUUCACGCGGAUCGGUAGGAAGACAAAAACACCUAAAGUCGCUGUCGCCCCCCUGAGCCGUUACCCGGAGCGUCAUCACUUUGAACGAGUUCACCACAAAGUGUCCUCGCCAGCGGCACCAGGCAGCAGUGGCACCCUGCGCUAGCUAGCCCGAGCAGCUAACGCCGAGCCCUCCGCCCGCGGGUCAUCACGGCAGAACGGAACCGCUGCGCCGUUUGACUCGUUGAAAGACGUCACCGCGUCGGCUCGAGACGGUCCGUUUGCAUUUGCGCGCGCGACUGCCAGCCGCCAGGUUUAACGUGACACACUAUUGUGAAGUCGGCAGGUGUGUGUAGAGCCGUUGUUUCUGACAGUUGAAUUCACCCCUCUUCCCCUACCGGCAUGGCUGCAGACUCGAUGGAGAUCGACGACUCUCUUUACAGCCGCCAGCGAUAUGUGCUGGGAGACAGGGCCAUGCACCAGAUGGCCCAGUCCUCGGUCUUUCUCAGUGGAAUGGGAGGACUGGGAAUCGAGAUAGCAAAGAACAUCGUCCUGGCCGGCGUGAAGGCAGUCACCCUUCACGACACGAAGCAGUGCGAAACCUGUGAUCUGGGCUCCAACUUCUUCAUCCACAAAGAGGAUGUGUCAGGCCAGAAGAGCAAGGUGGAGGCAGUGUGCGCCCGGGUCGCAGAGCUGAACCCGUACGUCCACGUCGACGUGUCCUCCUUGGCUCUGGACGACGGCACCGACCUCGGCUUCCUCGUAAAGUACCAGUGUGUGAUUCUGACUGAAGCCCGAUUGAGCCUCCAGAAGAGGGUGAAUGACUUCUGCCACUCCCACCAACCCCCCAUCAGAUUCAUCAGCUGUGACGCAUAUGGCAUCUGCGUGCGGGUGUUUUGUGAUUUCGGAGAGGAGUUUGAGGUGUCGGAUCCCACUGGAGAGGAGCACAAGGAGAUUUUCAUCCAAAAUAUCACUCGGGACAGUCCUGGGGUGGUAACCUGCAUGGACAACCAGCCCCACGGCCUUCAGACGGGCCAGAGUGUCAUCUUCAGAGAGGUCAACGGCAUGGUGGAAGUCAAUGGCACCGUGCGGCCCGUUUCAGUCCUUUCUCCUUACAGCUUUGAAAUAGGAGACACAUCCCAACUACAACCAUAUGCACAUGGAGGCUUCUUUGUUCUGUUGAAAACCCCCAAGACGUACAGAUUUGAGACAUUAGAGAAACAGUUGUGUGAUCCUCAGUUCCUGACACCAGACUUCAGUAAACCAGAGGCCCCACUACAGAUCCAUGCAGCCAUGAUGGCUCUGGACACCUUCCAGGAGCAGCACAGCAGACUCCCCAACGCCGGGUGCUCACAGGAUGCUGAGGUUUUACUGAAGCUAACGGAGGAAGUGAACGGAACUCUCGCAAACAAAGCUUCCUUGAACGCCGAGUUGGUGCGCUGUCUGUCGAGAACAGCGCGGGGAGCGCUCCCUCCGUUAGCUGCGGCUGUCGGCGGUCUCGCCAGCCAGGAAGUCCUUAAGGCCAUCACGGGGAAGUUUGCGCCGCUACAGCAAUGGUUUUACCUCGACGUCAUCGAGGUGGUCCGGCCUCUUCAGUCCGUCGCCGCCGAGGAGUUUUUCCCGAAGGGCGAUCGCUACGAUGGGUUACGAGCCUGCAUCGGGGAAUCCAUGUGCCUGGAACUGCACAAGCUCCGGGUCUUCAUGGUGGGCUGUGGGGCCAUCGGCUGUGAAAUGCUGAAAAACUUCGCCCUGCUUGGGGUGGGAUUGGCCAGCAGCUCAGGACAGGUGUGCAUCACAGACCCCGACCUCAUAGAAAAGUCCAACCUCAAUCGGCAGUUUCUCUUCAGACCUCAUCAUAUACAGAAACCGAAGAGCACCACAGCAGCAGAGGCCACUCUAGAAAUCAACCCAGACCUGCAGGUGGACGCUCACCUCAACAAGGUGUGUCCUGCCACCGAGAGCAUCUACAAUGACGCCUUCUACUGCCGCCUGAACCUGGUGGUCACCGCGCUGGACAACGUGGAGGCCCGCAGAUACGUGGACAGCCGCUGUUUAUCCAAUCAGAGAGCCCUCCUGGACUCCGGCACCAUGGGAACUAAAGGACACACAGAAAUCAUUUUGCCAAAUUUGACAGAAUCCUACAAUAGCCAUAGGGACCCCCCCGAGGAGGAGAUCCCAUUCUGCACUCUCAAGUCCUUCCCUUCUGUCAUCGAGCACACCAUUCAGUGGGCCAGAGACAAGUUUGAGAAUCUGUUUGCCCACAAGCCCUCCAUGUUCAACUCGUUCUGGCAGACGCACCCCUCUGCCGACGUGGUGCUACAGAGGAUGCAGAGGGGGGAAAGUCUGGAGGGGUCAUUCCAGGUCAUCAAGCUGCUCAGCAAGCGGCCCAGCCGGUGGGAAGAGUGUGUCACUUUCGCCCGUCUGAAAUUUGAAAAGUACUUUAAGAGAAAGGCCCUACAACUGUUGCACUCUUUCCCCCUAGACACAAGGUUAAAAGAUGGAAGUUUGUUUUGGCAGUCCCCAAAAAGACCUCCAGCGCCGGUUGAUUUUGACUUGAGAGACUCUUUGCACUUCGGCUUCAUCGUCAGCACUGCCCGGCUCUUCGCGGGGGUUUACAACAUCCCGCACUCACAAAAGGAUGUCACCGACGAGGAGGUGACCAGGCUUCUUUCAAUUGUCAAGAUUCCAGAGUACAGGCCCUCAGAGAAAUGCAUAGAGACCGACGAGGCGGCAAGGAAGCCCGAUUCAAUGAAGUUGCCCCUGAGCAGCGAGGAAGAGAGGGAGGCCAUCGCACGGCUGGAGCAGGCCAUUGCGACCGACAACGUCACCGCAGAGAGGUUACAGGUGAGCCCGCUGCAGUUUGAGAAGGACGACGACGGCAACGGCCACAUGGACUUUGUGACGGCGGCGUCCGCCCUCAGAGCCCGGAUGUACGCCAUUGAGCCGGCCGACCGACUCAAGACCAAGCGGAUCGCCGGCAAAAUCAUCCCCGCCAUCGCCACGGCGACAGCCGCCGUGGCCGGACUGGUGGCCCUGGAGUUGGUCAAGGUUGUCGGAGGCUAUGAGUUUGAGUCCUUCAAAAACUGCUUCUUUAACCUGGCCAUCCCUGUGGUGGUGCUCACCGAGCCGGCCCAGGUUAAGCAGUCACUCAUCAGGGACAACAUAUUCUUCUCCAUCUGGGACUGUUGGACUAUCCUUGGCCAAGAGGACUUCACCCUCUCUGACUUCAUCAACGCAGUGAGGGAAAAGUAUGGAAUCGAACCCACGAUGGUCGUCCAUGGUGUGAAGAUGCUCUACGUGCCGGUGAUGCCUGGACACUCGAAGAGACUCAAGCUCACGAUGCAGAAGUUGAUCAAGCCAUCCGUGGACCGCCGCUACGUCGACCUCACCGUGUCAUUCGCCCCGGAGGCGGAGGGAGACGACGACCUGCCCGGCCCCCCCGUCAGGUACUUCUUCAGCCGCCAAGGAGAGACGCCGUGAUGCCCGAGUCUCCUGUGUCCUUACUCCUCCCUCCUUAUGUGUAAAUUGUAGUCCCCAUAACCUGGGCUAGAUCUCAGCCUGGAGCUUUCCUUCAGGAUCUUCUCAAAGCGCCUGCCUGCCCCCCUCCCCCUCCCCCUCCCUCUGUAUGUAAUGGAACAAGAAGAGACCAGUCCUGGUCCCAGUUUUUCUUGCCCCAGGUCUAGCCAACACGAGGCUGCUUGAGUAGCACUUAACUGUACCUUUUGUACAUAUAUUUCCUGUUCUGUUUUCUACUCUGGUAAAAAAGAAAACGCACGGCUCCGGCCUGUGUCGAUGCCUUAAUUGAUUAUUAACCUUUUUUUUUUUUUGUCGCAGUGAGUCUAACUAACAACCCUUUACAGAAACCUGCAAUCUCCCCAAAACACCCACCCCGUUUAGUCCUGUAAGUCUGCUGGGCCCAAAAGUAGG